AUGGACUCACCCAUUGUGGCCCAGCUCUUCCGCCAGCUCUUCCGGCACCGUCCCCGGGGCUGCAAGGGAAACCUCCCCCGUCUGCCCAAUGGCAUCCGACCCGGCCCCGGCCGUGCUGCCGCGCACCAGACUCGGAUGUACGUCGCCGGCCGUCCCUCGAGCGAUCGCGGCAUGAAGAAGAAUGAGAGUCGAUGGCAGCAGCGAACGCAUAUUCUUCCUCAGGAUCGGUCUGCCGAGUUUGCAGAGUAUCCGUAUAUAUCGCUGGCAGAGCUCAAGCAGCGCAAGGAGAGGCCCCGCAAGGCCGUCAUCUUCAGCCCUGGUGAGCCUUUUGACUUUGGCUCCAUGCGCGACGAGAUCGAGUUCCAGUCGGAGCUUGGUCGGCGGUACACCGAGUUCGAAGACAUUCUCGAUGAUCGUGAGGGUGAUAAUCCGACACGGCAGCUUUGGCAUACACCUACCGAGCUCUUCCGCCCUUACUAUGGCGAGGCCAUUGCCCGAUACCUCGUCUCCAACUACCGACUCACCACCUACCCCUACCACGAUCUCCUCAUCUACGAGAUGGGUGCCGGCCGCGGCACCCUCAUGCUCAACAUCCUCGACUACAUCCGCGAAGUCGACCCUCAGGUCUACGCCCGAACAAAGUUCAACAUCAUCGAGAUCUCAAGCUCCCUGGCCGCCCUGCAGAACCGACACCUUCUCUCCACGGCGGCGUCCCGGGGCCAUGCCGACAAGGUUGAGAUCGUUAAUCGCUCCAUCUUUGAUUGGGAUCAGUACGUGCCCUCGCCGUGCUUCUUCCUCGCCAUGGAGGUCUUUGAUAACUUCUCCCAUGACGGCAUCCGCUACGACGUCGCCACCGAGGAGCCUCUCCAGGGUCACGUCCUCAUUGAUGGCGAUGGCGACUUUUACGAGUUCUAUGUUCAUGAGCUCGACCCCGUCGCUGCCCGGUACUUUCGUGUUCGUCAUGCUGCCACUGGCGGCGACUACCCCAAACCUUAUCCGACCAACGCUGCUCUGCGAUACCUUUCAACAAAGGUCCCCUUCGCGGCCAAUCUCUCAGACCCCGAGUUCAUCCCCACUCGCCUCAUGCAGUUCUUUGAUGUCCUGGAAAAGUACUUUCCCGCACAUCGGCUCGUCACCUCUGACUUUGACUGGCUUCCCCAAGCUGUCAAGGGAAUGAACGCCCCCGUUGUCCAGACUCGGUAUAAGCGGCGUAUGGUGCCCGUGACGACGCCUCUGGUCCACCAAGGCUACUUUGAUAUCCUCUUCCCCACCGACUUCCGGAUCACAGAGGCCAUCUACCGAGCCAUCACGGGAAAGCUCACGCGCGUCAUGUCCCACGGCGACUUUAUGCGCAAGUGGGCGUACGUCGAGGACACCGAGACUCGCAGCGGGGAGAACCCCUUAUUGUCACAUUACAGCAAUGCCAGCGUUCUUGUGACUGUGUAA